AUGACACUUGCAGAUAACUUUGUUGGUGUCAUUAUGUCAGAGGCGUACGCCCGUGAGAUACUACGAAGGAAUGUUGCGCAAAUAUGUCAAACUAUAGGAUGGAACGGUAUAAACUCGACACCUCUUGACAUACUGGUCCAUGUGUUGGAAAAGUACAUUUGUACACUUGGAACACAAGCUAACAGAUACGCCGAACAAUUUAAUAGGACUGAACCAAAUUUACAUGACUUAGGAUUAGUGUUCCGUGAUCUUCAUGUCCAUUUGCCAGAGUUAGCAGAGUAUACAAGAUGUGUGCCACCUGUUCCACCACCUGUCAAUGUAGAAAAAUUUCCUAAACCUAAAGAAUCAAAUUUGAAUUUCCUCAAACCUGGCAGCCAUGAAGUGGUUACAAGACCAAUGCAUGUGCAUGAACACCUUCCACCUAUGUACCCUGAAAAAGAAAGAGACACACCAGUUGUUGCAGGUACUGUGGAAAUCAAACAAAAUGGUAUUGAUAAUAUUGACAGUAAUGCUACAUGUACAAGUCCUGAAAUAUCUGUCACGGAUAGUCCAGAAAAACCUAAAGAUAUAUUUAAAAGGCCAAUUGACCCUGUCUCAUUACCAAACAGUAAGAGGCCAAGGUUAAGGCUGGAAGAAGAGGAAAGAACUCGUGAAAUCAGUAGUGUAAUAAUGACUAUGUCUGGUUUCUUAUCACCUGCCCGUGAAGGUAAAUUACCUGAGGCCAGACCUCCUACAAUAAUAUCUGAAAAGCAUCAUGACAAGCAUAGAGUCAAUUCUCACCAUUCAAAUCCCAUGAAAGCACCAAUUUUAGAUAAAAGUGAUAAAAAAUCUAAAAAGAAUAAAUUGUUAAAUGGCAAGAUCAUGAAAAGUAAAAGAAAAGAUAAGAGUCAUAAAGGGGAAAGUAGUAAAUCUAAGGAUAGCAAUAGAUUGGACAGGUAUCCACCUGGAUACCCAAUGAAAAGUAAAGAUAUUCAUCCCACACAUCAUAACCAUGUCACAAUGCCAGCGCCAAAAGCUUUGCCACAUCCAUCAAAGCCUAUGAUUCCUCCAGCUCAAAAUACAUCAUCGGUUCCAAGUCCAGCUCCAGUUCUUCCUGUACCUGAACCUAUCAGACCAGUCAUUAAACAGGAACCACCAGAUACUUCUCCACCUGUUGUACAACCAACCAUUGAAGAUACUAUUCCUGUACCAAGAAAAAUCCCAAUUGCAAAAUCUCCACUUGUUUCUAAUUCUUUACCUGUAAAUAAAACUCUAUCUUCUACAAGUUCCCUUAUACCGGAGACAGAAAUUAAGAAGGAGGUACUUGAUGAGGAGGAGAAGCUGGCGUCUCAACCAGACAGAUCAAAAGUUAAUAUAUUUAAGAGAAUAUCGAACAAAAAUAAAGAAGAUAAGAAUCCUCUAGAGGUUGUACAAGAAAAGUUGCAGUCUGACAUUAUGAUCUCAAGGUUGCAGAAUUCUGCACAUGAUGUUGCAAGUGAAAAUGUUCAAGUGAGUAAUAAUGAACCUGUUGUGAAUAAUAAUAAUAGUGCGUUAGAUUUGUCAAAAGAAAUAGAUAUCAGGGCCAAUGAAGUGAUCAGUAUUGAUGAUGACUCUAUGGACAUUCAUACAAUGCCACAGACUAAACAUUUGCCUCCUGAACCUAGACCUAGUAUAUCAAUCAAUAAAUCAUUGCAACAGCCGUAUUCCAAAGAUGUAACUACCGUCGGUCCAAAAAUCAAAAAGGAAAGGAAACACAAGGACAAAAAAGAUAAAGCGGCUAAAUUAGAGGCGAAGUUGCUCAAAAAACAGCAACAACAAUUAGCGUUUGAAAUGGCACAAGCCGAGAAAAAGAGAAUGAAACUUGGUAAUGUCAAACCAAAAUCAAGUAGGCCAAAGAAUGAAUCAAAAUUACCACAGAUGCCACCAGGUUUUCCAUUUUUCCCAGCAAUGCCUCCAGGAAGAGGUUUGAUGCCUGGACCUGGUUUAAUACCUAAUCCUGGGUUGAUUCCCGGGAGUGACUUUCUUGCAGGGCUAGCCAACAAUCCAGCAUUAAGAGGUUUACCUUCUCCAAAUUUGAUGUCAAACCCCUUUGCUUUAGGAGCAAGUGGCCCUGGACUAAUUCCAGGUCCUAGUUUUCUACCUGGGCUUGGUCCUGGUAUUCCUAAUCAUCUAAUGCCAAUGGGCAAUUUCCCACACACAUCGCGAUCACAGUCCAUGAAAAUACCCCCAAUGCUGCGACGUCCGAGCCUUGAAGUAAUUCCUGUAGAUAAUAAUGAUGAUGAUAGAGGGAUACAUAAAUCCCCGAAUUUGCACAGAGAUAAAGAUCGACAUGAUAACAAGCACAAAUCUCCGACCAUUCCAAAUAUUUUACAGAAACCGAAGUCAAAGUCACAUAAAGAUCACAAAUCACUUUAUAAAAUGCCACCUGUUCAGCCAGAUAUAACAAUAGAACUGAAUCCACCUAAAGUUGAACCUGUAAGACAAGAGCCUCUUAGGGAGCCACCACCACCAGUUCGUUUGCCCACUCCUGAACCUGAAGUGAAUGUCAUUGAAAAAUUAGACCCCGAACCACAACCUGAACCAGUCAAAGCACCAACUCCCGAAGUUUUACAAGAAAAAGAUGUAGAAAGUGCUGAUAAGAAGAAGGAUAAAUCACAUAAAAAAGAAAAGAAAGAUAAAGAUGGCAUCAAAAUAAAGAAGAAAAAAGAUAAGAAAGAUAAAAACAAGGAAAAAAUUGAGAAGAAAAAAGAAAAGGAAGAAAGACAAGAGGAGAAGGAUAGAAUAAAGAAGGAAAAGAAAGAUAAGAAGAAAGAAAAGGCAACAGAUGGUUUAGUGCCUAAGCUUACAUUAAAGUUAGGUUCUUCUAAUUCAAAUUCUCCAAUGCCACCAAGCUCACCUGAUAUCUUCAAGUUAAAUAUUAAGCCAGUGGUUAAAAAGGAGGAGGAAGAUAGACCACUGCCAAAAGAGGAACCAGUAUCUCGGGAACAUAGUCGCUCACCGGAAUUAGCGCAAAUAUCAGCGCUAGUGACGAGGCCGCCGAAACAAAAGCAAUCUAAACAUAAUCACAUUGGCGAAGUGGAGGCACAGCCGUCAUCUCCACCGUCAGUGAAUUCUCCGCCUAGGAAGAAUAGGCCACCUUCAAGUAAUUCUAAAUAUAAAAGAAUAUUGUUUAAACCUAUGCUGAAGAAAGGACAUAUGGAGAGCUUUGAAGACGAUACGGCGUCGAUAUCAGAGGAGCCGGUGCCUACGAUGCCGAAACCAAGCGGGCCUUUGCCGACACCCUAUUAUGUGGACGAGCAUGGGAACAAAAUUUGGGUAUGUCCAGCUUGUGGAAGGCAAGAUAACGGGUCGCCCAUGAUAGGUUGUGAUGGUUGCGACGGGUGGUACCACUGGGAGUGCGUAGGAAUAACUGAAGAGCCUGGAGCGACGGAAGACUGGUUUUGUAAAUCGUGUCUUGCCAAGCGCGCCGCAAUGGUCCUAGCCGGCGUAACUUCAGGCAAGAAACGAGGCAGGAAACCAAAAGGGGAAAAAGUCAGAGACUGUCAUUGA